AUGGCGGGGUCGCCGAGGUUCCCGCCAAAUACGAGCAGUGGCGGCUGGAGCAGCGGCGCCGGUGGGCGGGCGGGAGGGAGGGCGAGAAGCAGCCGCCGCGCGGGCCCCUCUUCACUGCCGCUGCCGCCACCGCCUGAGGGGAACCCGCGCCCGUGCGCCGCCGCCGCCGGGGCGAUGCUGGAGGAACCCGAGAGCCCGGCGCUCGGCCUGAGCGGGGUGGUGACAGCCAUGGAGUGCAAAGACAGACCAGCUUUCCCAGCCAAGAAAUUAGUACAAGCUCGAUUGCCUUUCAAGAGAUUGAUUCCUGUACCAAAGGAGAAAACUGAUGGACACUCAGAUAGCAAGAAAUCAGGUUCUCAAAGUGUUUCUGUUGAAAGUAAAGUCUCUGAUUUAGAAACAUCUUCGGAGAACUUGGAAACUGAUUGUCAGUUGAACUCUGGAGCGGAGUUCACUUCAAAACUUGUGAAUGGGAAAGGUCCAUUAGAUAACUUUUUAACAAGAAAGGUGAAAAACCAAAUUGGCCAACCACUGGUCAUAAUUGAUUUGACAGAAGACUCAAAUGACAGACUGACCAGUCCUAUGGACCACAGUAAAUUAAAUUCUGAAGCAUUUUCAUCCAGCGAGACCAUAAAUGGAAUCAGAGAAAAAGACAAAGCUCUGAUGGUGCCAUCAAAUGCCCCAAAUCACAAGGUAGCAAUAUCAGAGGAGGCCAGUUCAGAAGAUUCCUCUGCAACACAUAAGAAUGAUGACUCAAGAGUCUUAAAGGAUAAAGACUCAAAGAAAAGCUCAUUAAAAUCCUUCCUUGAGUUGAUACAUCUUCCAAAAACGUGCUCAGAAAAUAAACAGGACGGUUGGAAUGAAGUUGAGGGUAUCCUUUGUAAAGGGAAGGUGCCUGUAGUGGUCUUACAUGAUAUCCUGGCUGUCAAAUCACUUCCAGUGGAAUCUUUGGUUGAGAGCAUUACCUCUGAGAGUGAGGUCUUAGGCCCUGAAGAUGACUCUGUGCUUAGCCAUUCCUCAUUGAGUUCUCCCUCUUCCACUAGCUCACCUGAAGGACCAUCUGUAUCUGAGAAAAAGAGAAUCAAUAUUAGUCCUUUACCUUCUGCCACACCUGUACAUAAGGUACCUCGGAAGCUCAUCAAAAGUUCAAGAGAGAAGGGAAAGAUGAGAAUACAAAGAAAUAAGGAACGUUUGGACAAGCAGCUAAAGUUACAGGCAGAAAAGGAAGAAAAGGAGAAGCUGAAAGAAGAGGCCAAGCGAGCCAAGGAGGAAGCCAAGAAGAAGAAAGAGGAAGAGAAAGAACUGAAGGAGAAGGAAAGGCGAGAGAAGAGGGAGAAAGAUGAGAAAGAGAAGGCGGAAAAGCUGCGACUCAAAGAAGAAAAACGGAAGGAGAGACAGGAAGCACUCGAGGCUAAACUUGAAGAGAAAAGAAAGAAGGAAGAGGAGAAACGGUUAAAAGAGGAGGAAAAGCGCAUUAAAGCGGAGAAGGCAGAAAUCACCAGGUUCUUUCAGAAACCAAAGACCCCACAAGCUCCCAAGACCCUUGCUGGCUCUUGUGGGAAGUUUGCUCCCUUUGAAAUUAAAGAGAACAUGGUCCUUGCCCCUCUCUGUCGAGUGGUUUUUGAUCAAGACCUUUCUGAGCAGUUUGACCAACUUCUUAAGGACCAAAAUUCUGAAUUGAAUUUUCUGAAAGAUCUCAAGUUCCGGGAACCUCACAAAUCUGGACCCACCUUGCCUUAUGCCCCAAGUCCUAACACUAUCAACAGUGAUGUAGUAAUAGUGGAGAGUGGCAAAGUCAGUGACGUUCCUGAAAGGAAGAAAUUUGGCAGGAUGAAGCUCCUGCAGUUUUCUGAAAAUCACCGGCCUGCAUACUGGGGUACCUGGAACAAGAAGACCUCAGCCAUCCGUCCACGCAACCCUUGGUCUAAAGAUACUAAGCUGUUGGACUAUGAAAUAGAUAGUGAUGAGGAGUGGGAAGAAGAAGAACCAGGAGAGUCUCUCUCUCAUAGUGAAGAGGAUGAUGAGGAUGAAGGGGGUGAGGAUGAAGAUGAUGAUGAUGGCUUUUUUGUACCUCAUGGAUACCUAUCUGAGGAUGAAGGAGUAACUGAAGAGGGUGCAGAUUCAGAAAAUCACAAGGUUCGUCAAAAGCUGAAGGCAAAGGAAUGGGAUGAGUUGUUAGCCAAGGGGAAGAGGUUCCGUGUGCUCCAGCCAGUGAAAAUUGGCUGCAUCUGGGAAGGCGAGAAGAACAGUAAUGCCAGUUCAGAGCUAAAGGUGUUGCAGCAAUUCACAGCUUGUAUUCUGGACACAGUCAUUCCAGAGGAGGAGCAUACACCGAAGGCCAACAAAAGAGAGAAAAGGGACCGACAGAUCUUGGAACAGUUACUCCCAUUAUUGCAUGGGAAUGUGAAUGGAAGUAAAGUGAUCAUUCAAGAAUUCCAGGAGUGCUGCCGCCAAGGAUUGUUCAGUAAGGGCAGUGGCAGUCCUGAUAGUGGCACGGCUAGCCCUACAAGUCCAAGUAGCUCCCGGCCACAGACGCCAACAGCUAAUGAGGAUGCUGCUAUACCUUCCAAAGCUAGACUAAAGCGGAUUAUUUCUGAGAACUCAGUGUAUGAGAAGAGACCAGAUUUCAGGAUGUGUUGGUAUGUUCACUUGGAGGUGCUCAAGAGCUUUGACCAAGAGCACUUACCUGUGCCUUGCCAAUGGAACUACAUCACUCAGGUCCCAUCUACUACUAAAGAGGACAAUGGCAGUGGGCUAAGCCUGGGGCCCACACAGACUACCCCAGUCUCACUAAAGAGAAAGAACACAGGCAGUAUGUCCAUCACUCAUUUCAUGAAGAAGCCGAGGCAUGAUGAACAGGUUGAAACUGUGGAAAUGGAUGGAUUCCAGGCAGACACUGAAGAAGAGGAGGAGGAUGACACUGAUUGCAUGGUUAUAGAUAUCCCAGUCAGCGGAGAGGCUAAAUCCCCAUGCGGACUUGAUUCUAAGUUUGAUGAUGGUGCAAUGGAAACGGAAACCAGUGAGGACCACCGGCCUGUCAGCCCAUCUAACAGAACUUAAGACCAUAAACUUACUAAUCCCAUAUUGUAUGUAUGUAGAAUUCUUUAGACAAUUUUUUAAUGUGUAUCAGAUACUUGAAAAUCUUCCCAUUUCUUUUGUAAAGAGAAGACAGCACUUUGUUCUGCUUCACAACCCCUUUGGAGGUUUGAAAGUUUAUAUAGAAUGACUGAUUAGUUCUUUGAUAAUUGUAUAAACGAAAACAAAAAAACACACACAGACCAAACUGCAUAUUAAUCUGUCUUUAAUAAAGCAUUAUUGAAAUUUGAUAUUUUGUAUGAGAAAUAACUUGUUCUCCUCUCCAGCCACAGAAGGCAGCCUGUGUUACUGGAUUGUAAAUGUCCUGAAAACCCCAGUAGCUUAAAGCCCCUUGUCAAGGACUUUUUAUAAUUGUGUAUAAUAUGGGCUUCUGGAUAUAAUGGUGGAAAUGUAUAAAUU